AUGGCCUGGAAGACCCAAAAUGCCAAGUUCAGCAUGGAAGAUUGGCGCGGAGGCUACGGCAGCUCCCACACCCUCAGGGCCUUCCUCAUCCACGAUACCACAACCCCGGCUGCCUACCCAGCGCAAGCUCACAGACACACCAUCCAAUCACGGAAGGCAUGGCCUCAGCGUUGCUUCCAGCAAAGACACUUUGGCGGCAUUGCGCGCCACUAG